AUGGCUUCCUAUCUCAUUACCGGAUGUUCUCGAGGACUAGGUCUGAAGCUGGUGCAGAAACUGUUGGAAAAGCCGUCGUCCUCUGUUGAAACAAUAUUUGCAACGGCACGUAGUGAGCAACCAUCACAACUACUUCAAGAUGUUAUCAGUGUUGAUCCUAGUCGCGUCAAAUAUGUUCGGCUUGACGUAGAGGACCCAGCAAGUAUCGAAUUGGCCCUCGCGCAAGUCCAGUCAGAAAGUCAGCCAGCUCUUUGGGCCAGUCGGACCCUACAGCUGCCGGUCGUCUUCUUUCGCGUCGGUAACAGCGAUAUCUUUGGCACUGCUGCUGAAAGCAUUCCUGGAAGUAUUCCCAGUCUGACGCCUCCCCCAAGCAGCUCUGCGUAUCGAAACCAGGAUAUUCGCCCUGAGACGUCGAUCUCAACUUUCACGACCACUGGAAUACCUAUUGGCUAUGAGGGGAUGGACGACGUUUUACGGGAGGGCACAGGAGAAAACCUGGCCAUGGACCGGGACAUAGACACUGCCCUGGCGGACGAUUAUUUGCUGCAAAUGAUGGAAGACACUCUCCCCGUGUUCGGCAUCUGGGAAGGCACAUAA